CAGGAAUUAUUGAGAGGCGCCUUUAAUUUGCUAAAUGACUUGUGAUUCACUCACCAACAGAGCACAAGAGCUGGGGUCUCUAAGCAUUAUCCAGGAAUCUGCUUUACAUGUUUGAGAAUAUUAAAGGAACGGAAAGCUUGGCAAGUACUGCAGCUGAUUGAAAAGAAAAAGGUGGAGUUUUAUUAUUUCCUUGUUUGAAGUUAUGGAUAAUUGGAUUCCUUGAUUCUCCAUCAUCAGAAAAGCCAAAGGCAAUCUGCCACCUUCAUUAAAGAAACAUUGGUGGCUUCUGAAAUGUGAAAUUUCAUUCUUGACAUCUCCACUGUUCUCUCUGUAGCAUAGAGGAAAGGAAUAUUAGAGAAAGGAGAAGCAGUCAAUUAUGUUUUCCCUUCAAAGCAAUGUGCUGUUGAGAAAGUUAGACAUUCAUUAUUGAAUAUGGUGGGGCUCUCUAAUCAGGGAGAGAAUCCAUGAAGAUUCUCUAGCUUUCAAGUCAAAGAAAUGGAAAGAAAAAGGUUAGCCUGAAAUCAAAGGAAGAGGGCAUGGUGUGGACAAAGCUCAUGCUUAUAUUCUUCUACUCAGCCCAGUUAUGUUUAUUUUAAUACACGGAGAAAGGAUAUUUCAGUGAAGCUUAGAUAGAACAAAGUAGAGCGGCAUAUUUGUAUGUUGUAGAAGGGAGGAAAAUGCCGAACCAUGUAGAUCAGCAAGGACUGGUUCUCUCAGUCGAUGCAAAGCCGAGACUCAAAUGGACUAGACAGCUUCAUGAACAGUUUGUUGAUGCUGUGACAGAGCUUGGAGGAGCAGAGAAAGCAACACCCAAGUUGGUGAUGCGGUUGAUGGCAGUGCCUGGGCUCACUCUCUAUCAUUUGAAGAGUCAUCUUCAGAAAUAUAGGCUCGCAAAGAAUCGGGAUCCGAGCACUGUUAAUGAUGAUAAGAAGACAAAUGAUGAGUUGAAGGACACCGAUGAUAAAUCCCAACCUGAAUUCAAUGAAGCCAUGCUGCAACAGAUACAAAUAGAUGUUCAAAGAAAAUUGCAAGAACAGAUUGAGGUUCAGAAGCACCUUCAACUGAGGAUAGAGGCUCAGGGGAAGUACUUGCAUUCAGUGCUGAAAAAAGCCCAGGAAACACUUGCUGGGUAUAGCUCCACUUCUCUAGGAACCGAGGCUGCAAGGACCGAACUAUCAGAGCUUGUCUCAGCAAUGGAAACUGAGUGCCGAAGCUCAUCUUUCAACAAUGGAGGUUCCAUUUCCAAAAGAAACCAGAAUGCUGAUUCCUCCAUGGAUAGUUGCUUGACUUCAGAACUAUUUGAGCUAAGAGAAAAAUAUGCUGGCUACCACAAGCUUGAGGCCAGCCCUUGUUCCAACAUAACAGUAAAAAAUCGAGGAGAAUUACAAGAAUUUGAUCUAAAUAAAUAGUGAUUAAAAUAAAAUAAACUUUGUGAUAUAUAGAGUUGCUUAUAAGCAAUGAAAAUGUUAUGUGCGCUCAAAUAUAUGAACUUUCUGACUUCUAAAGCUUUUCCUUUAA